AUAUUUGACGUAGCGUUUUGUUGUGGUUAUGAGGCGAAUUUCUUGGGAAACUUUUAAAGCUUUUUGAAUUUUCCAAAAAGUCUCUUUUUUAUUUUCAGGAAACUCAUGGACGAACCGAAAGAGUUUUGUCGACUGUGUCUUACCACCUCGGUGGUCUAUUAUUCCUUGUUGAAGGAUAAUGGGAAGGAAAUGGUGCUUUCCCUUACUGGGCUACUGAUAACUGAAGAACACCCAAAUACAACUUAUGCAUGUGUAAAAUGCUGGGUUGACUUAAAAUUAGCAUAUUCAAUUCAGCAAAGGUUCUAUGAUGCAGAGCAAAAAUUCCAAUUGGAAGGCAUUACGAGCGUUAUCGAUAAAAUAAACCUAUACAGAAACCAGACUAAACCUGACCAAAGUAAACCGGAAGCGCCUGACAUAAAAGAGGAAAUCAUUGAAAAUGAAUAUGAUGACCCGAGUGCUUUAUCGGAUGAUGAUAUAGAUUAUGACGAAAUGAUUGUAAUACAAACAGAAGAGGAAGCUUCCGCCUUAGAUCCGAUUUUAAAUCCGAUACCUAGCAGUGAGAUGCUUGAGUGCCCUAUUUGUGGAUUGAAAUGUGAAGACAUGUCUGCAAUAUAUACCCAUACAAAGACCCAUUACAAUGAAGAACAACAGUGCGAAACCUGUUUUAUUUCUUAUCCGAAUAUUGCUGCUUAUCGAGAACAUAUUAAAAACAGCCAUCCCGAGAAAUCUGAUCAUAUUUAUAAUUGUGGAAUAUGUCCAAUGAUGUUUCAGUAUAAGUCUUUAUAUGAUAUCCAUCUAGGUACAAUCCACAAGUACACUGCGAAGAGAAAAAGAACCAACAGGGACAUUUCAAAGUAUUACAUAGAUAGUACAUCUCUCAAAUGUCCCGAUUGUAAUAAGGCUUGCAGCGAUGGAAAAGCUCUACGUGCUCAUAUUAAAACUCAUGAAAGGAAACCAUGUCAUAUAUGUGGAGCAAACAUCACUAGUUCAAAUAUAGCGAAGCAUAUAGAAAAUCACGAGAUUAAACCGGUGGUGUGUCACAUAUGUGGGAUAACGGUGAAAAAUCGUGACAGCUUACGCGGCCACGUGUACUAUACCCAUUCACAAAAGAGGCUCAAGUGUGACCUUUGCCCAAAAAUAUUCACCAAACUGUAUCCUUAUAAGAUGCAUAUCAAAAAGGAGCAUACAGGCGAAAGAAGUUUUACGUGCGACACGUGCGGCAAACAGUUUUUCACGCACUAUCAGUUAUCCAAUCAUAUCAAGAUGAGACAUCUGAAACAGAGGAACCACGUGUGCGCGUUUUGUAGCAAAGGGUUUUCCAGUAAGUUCGCUUUAAAGACACACGAGAGGCAACACACAAACGAAGCGCCGUACAUCUGCUCCAUGUGCGGCACCGGUUUUAGGCAAAACGUGUCGCUCAGGGCGCACCUGAAGUCCAAACACAACAUUAAAGAGGACCAAACGGCCGAGUGCGUCACCUGCGGCAAAAAGUUCAAAGACGACUGGGCUCUAAAGACUCACAUAAGAUCGGUUCACGACUGAAUUGCAUGUGCACGUCGUGUCCUUAAAUAAACCGAUUUAUAUAUAAAUUGUUAAUGUACAUUAUUUUUUUACGUAGGAUUUGUUGGUAGUUGUAAAAUUAAAACUCGUUUUUCUUUCUUAA